AUCUUGCUCCGUCACUGAUCUACCUGAAGUGAGCCAGAUCAGACUUUCAGCAGCAAGGACAGCAUCUUGCAUCGUGACAUUGUCUCUGACUGUUGCCUUCCAGAGUGCUACCUGCAAGCCAAGAGACGUCCAGAGAGACCAAAUCACCCAGGAUGGACCUUCUUUCUUACUUCUCCAUUGAGACUUGGGCUCUUCUGAUCAUAUCCAUAGGUCUCUUGGUGCUAUACGGGAUCUGGCCUUACGGUGUCUUCAAAAAGUUGGGUGUUCCAGGACCUAAACCAUACCCUUUCAUUGGGACUGCCAUGGCCUAUCGCAAUGGAGUUAUGGAAUUCGACAAAGCCUGUUUUAAAAAAUAUGGAAAAGUCUGGGGGUUUUACGACGGCCGAAGACCUAUAAUGGGUGUCACAGAUCCGGAUAUCAUUAAAGUGAUCUUAGUGAAAGAGUGCUACUCAGUCUUUACCAAUCGGCGCAAUUUUGGCCCAACUGGCAAGUUGGAAGCUGCUGUUUCCAUAGCUGAGGAUGAGCAAUGGAAGAGGAUCCGCACUGUGCUCUCGCCGACCUUCACCAGCGGAAAGCUGAAGGAGAUGAUGCCCAUCAUCCAGCAUUAUGCGAAGAACCUUGUGCAAUAUUUUUCGGAGAAAGCAGAAAAAGGAGAGACAGUGGACAUUAAAGCAGUCGUUGGACCUUACAGCAUGGAUGUGGUUACCAGCAGCUCCUUUGGGGUGAACAUCGAUUCCAUUAACAACCCUCAGGAUCCCUUUGUCAAGGAGGCCAGGAAACUUGUGAAGUUUAACUUUUUCUCGCCAUUAUUCGUUUUAAUGUAUGUCUGUCCAUGGCUAACCCCUGCUCUGAACAAGAUGAACGUAAGCAUAUUUGCCACUGAUGCCGUCGACUUUUUUACAAAAGCAGUAGCAAAAAUAAAGCAGAAGCGGGAACAAGAGAACAACAAGGGCCGGGUGGAUUUCUUAGGAUUGAUGAUCGAUUCCCAAAAAUCAGAGGCAAAGCCUAAAACUAACGGCAUGGAUCAUACUUACAAAGUUUUGAGUGAUGAAGAGAUUCUGGCCCAAGCCGUUAUCUUUAUCUUUGCGGGAUACGAGGCCACCAGCAACGCCUUUCUCUACAUACUUUAUGAGUUAGCCACACAUCCCGAUGUCCAGAAGAAACUGCAGGAUGAAAUUGAUGCUGCUCUGCCAAAUAAGGCCCCCCUUACUUACGAUACCAUCAUGCAAAUGGAAUACCUUGAUAUGACGGUCAGUGAAAUCCUCCGGAUGUAUCCAAUUGGUGGACGCAUUGAAAGGGUCUGCAAGAAGGAUGUAGAGAUAAAUGGAAUCACCUUUCCAAAAGGGAUGACAGCUAUGAUUCCUGCCCACGUCUUGCAUUUUGACCCAGACCUAUGGGAGGAACCUGAAGAGUUUAGACCUGAAAGGUUCAGUAAAGAGAACAAAGAGAGCAUAAACCCCUAUAUUUAUCUGCCAUUUGGAGCUGGUCCGAGGAACUGCAUCGGGAUGAGAUUUGCUCUCCUGACCCUGAAGGCUGGUGUUGUGAGCCUCUUGCAGAAUUUUACCUUCAGGCCCUGCAAGGAAACACAGAUCCCAUUGGAGUUGUCCACAAUGGGGCUGAUGGUACCCAAAAAGCCCAUCAUCUUGAAAGCAGUCUCCAGAGCCAGCUCUGCAUAAGAGUGGAGGUUUUUGAGUAAGGUUUCUGAGUUCCUUAGGGAACGUUAUAUCACCCGUGCCGGGAGAUUUGCUGCCACCGUGAACUGUUCUUUUGUAUACAAUUGCCGUGGAUAUAUUUGCACAAAGUCCCAUGAUGGCAUGAACAUUUCUGGGUUGUUGUUCUUUUUAUUUUCAAAAGAAGAAAAGGAAGAAGGGAAUUGUGAAUGCGUGCCUGUACUCUUCCAUUUUUCCAUGAUAAAUAUGUAAACCAAUGCCAUGGUUGAAAGUCCAUAGGCAAUAGUGUGUUGGCAUUAUCACACAUGUACACCGAGGCUGGUGUUCUGUUACUGAUUACACAAGGAUGAAUUCUACCUAGGGUUAGGUAUGUCUAUUUUGGGUCAUUACAUAAGUUGGUAUCCUCUUCCUCCCACAAGAAGAACCCUAGCUCCUCAAUGGACUUACCAUUGCACUAUGGUAGUCAUCCCUUCAUGAUCAUUCAGUGUUCCUCUAACCCAGUGAUUCCCAAACUCUGGUCCUCCAGGUGUUUUGGACUUCACUUCCAAGAAGCCUCAGCCAUCUGUGCCAAAGGUCUGGGAUUCUGGGAGCUGAAGUUGAAAACAUCUGGAAGGCCAGAGUUUGGGAACCAUUGUGCCAGAUGCAGAAUGAUGGGAACCAUUGCGCCAGAUGCAGAAUGAUUACAUCAUUUCCCAAUGCUUUUAAUGGACCCUGGUGGAUGAUGUUGUCGGUCAUCAUCUAUGGCCAGAUACAGCCAAACACUUCUCCAUUCCCCCACUCCAUAGGGUUUGGGAAAAGUUUAAAAAGUAAUGUUCAAAUAAUAUACAAAAGCAGAACUGGAGAAGUGUUGCUUUGUGGGAGGAAGCAUAGAAAAAUGCUGGAAGUGGUGCACUGUGUGUUCAUCUUCACAAUCAGGGCAAAGAGUAAGGGGAGUGCCAUGAUAGUGCCAUUAUAUAAUUGUGCAGUUGCACAACUACGACUUCCCUUUUUAAUAAGUAAGUAAGUAAGUAAAUACCAGAGCAAACAGGGUGGUGUAAAUAGUGUUGAUGCAUUUCAAGUGUGAGAAAGCAUACAUGGUGACCAUUGUCACCGAAGCACUAAUUCAGACAUGAUGCAAAACAGUGCAUUCGCCUUUGUUGACAUUUCUAAAUGCAGGAGAACCUGUUUUUCCCCAGCAGCAGAAUGACCCAAAACCAACUGACUAGUGUGAAUGGUACCAAUCAUUCCUCUUGCCAAGUACUGUAAUUUCUCAUGACAUCCAAGCUUAAAUGCAGACCCUUCGCCAAACAUUUGGGGGUGGGGAAGCAGGUCUAGGAAUGAAUGAAGGUGUGUAUUUGUGCAUAAUCAUUGAUGAGUAAGAAUCUGACAGUAGUGUUGUCUGUUUAAAGUGCUUUGAUUGUACAAAAUAUUAAUAAAAUGUCAUUGUGAGAUCCUUUUGAAAAAA